AUUCAAAUGAACUUUAGCGAAAUCUUUCCAGGAGUAAUAUUUGCAUAAUUUUCACCAAACAGCAAGUUUAUAGUAUUAAGUAAUGGAACAAGAGUGAUUGUAAAAGAAACUGAAUAAUUAUAAUCCAUAAAUUUUACUCAUACAUAAAUAACAGAUGCUUAAAUUCAAUAAAUAGAAAUAUCACCAAAUAGUGAAUUAGUUGCAUUAAGUUAUCCUAAAAAGGGAUAUAUAGAAAUUCGAAAAAUAGAUGAUGCAAAUUGGUGUGCAAGAAUUGAUGAUAGUAUAGAGUUAAUACAAUGGUGUCCAGAUUCUAUAUAAUUAGUUGUGAUUAGUGAAUUUUAAGUAAAAAUAAAUAAAUAUAAAAUAGAUUAAAGCAUCAAUUUACAAUUUAAAUAAUAAAAAUGUUACUCAUUUUAAAAAUCCAAAAUAAAUUUCAUUUAGUCAUAAUGGAAGAUUUAUGGUAAUGAGUGAAAGAAAAGAUGCUAAAGAUUUUAUUGGUAUUUAUAGUAUUAGAGAUUGGAAAUUAUUAAAUUAUUAAUCUUCAGAUACUUUAGAUACAGCAUUAUUAUAAUGGUCUUAUAAUGAUUCAUUCAUUGGUGUUUAAGACACAGAAUUGAAUGUAAGAAUAUAAAUAAUAAUAUAUUAAUUAGUUUCGUUUAAAUCUUCAUUGUCCUUGCUAAGGAUUAUAAAUGAGAUUUGAACCAUACACAUAUUCUUUAGGAAUAAAAGUAAGUAGAUUUGGUAACUAAAGUGAUUUAAUGGCAGUUGGAGCAAAUGAUGAAAAAUUAAGAAUAAUAAAUUUAUUAACUCUUAAAUAAAUAACAGAAUUAGAACAUAAAAUAACAAAAGAUGUAUUAAUAUAUAAAGAAGAGGAAUAUUCUGAUUAAUAUUCAUAGAGAGUAGUUACAAAAUGUAUAUUAAAUGAUAAUAAUAUAAUUAGUUACUUAAAUGGAAUAGGGUUGUAAAAUAAAUGUAUCAAAAACAUAAAAUGGUAUUAGUUUGUUAGAAUGGAGUUAUAAAGAUGAUUAUAUAGCUACAAAAUUUGAUGGUAUGUAAAAUUGUGUAUUUAUUUGGGAUAUGGAAUUAUUAACAUUAAAAGCAAUAAUGGUUUAAAUAUUACCAAUUAAAUUUUUUACNUUUAGCGAAAUCUUUCCAGGAGUAAUAUUUGCAUAAUUUUCACCAAACAGCAAGUUUAUAGUAUUAAGUAAUGGAACAAGAGUGAUUGUAAAAGAAACUGAAUAAUUAUAAUCCAUAAAUUUUACUCAUACAUAAAUAACAGAUGCUUAAAUUCAAUAAAUAGAAAUAUCACCAAAUAGUGAAUUAGUUGCAUUAAGUUAUCCUAAAAAGGGAUAUAUAGAAAUUCGAAAAAUAGAUGAUGCAAAUUGGUGUGCAAGAAUUGAUGAUAGUAUAGAGUUAAUACAAUGGUGUCCAGAUUCUAUAUAAUUAGUUGUGAUUAGUGAAUUUUAAGUAAAAAUAAAUAAAUAUAAAAUAGAUUAAAGCAUCAAUUUACAAUUUAAAUAAUAAAAAUGUUACUCAUUUUAAAAAUCCAAAAUAAAUUUCAUUUAGUCAUAAUGGAAGAUUUAUGGUAAUGAGUGAAAGAAAAGAUGCUAAAGAUUUUAUUGGUAUUUAUAGUAUUAGAGAUUGGAAAUUAUUAAAUUAUUAAUCUUCAGAUACUUUAGAUACAGCAUUAUUAUAAUGGUCUUAUAAUGAUUCAUUCAUUGGUGUUUAAGACACAGAAUUGAAUGUAAGAAUAUAAAUAAUAAUAUAUUAAUUAGUUUCGUUUAAAUCUUCAUUGUCCUUGCUAAGGAUUAUAAAUGAGAUUUGAACCAUACACAUAUUCUUUAGGAAUAAAAGUAAGUAGAUUUGGUAACUAAAGUGAUUUAAUGGCAGUUGGAGCAAAUGAUGAAAAAUUAAGAAUAAUAAAUUUAUUAACUCUUAAAUAAAUAACAGAAUUAGAACAUAAAAUAACAAAAGAUGUAUUAAUAUAUAAAGAAGAGGAAUAUUCUGAUUAAUAUUCAUAGAGAGUAGUUACAAAAUGUAUAUUAAAUGAUAAUAAUAUAAUUAGUUACUUAAAUGGAAUAGGGUUGUAAAAUAAAUGUAUCAAAAACAUAAAAUGGUAUUAGUUUGUUAGAAUGGAGUUAUAAAGAUGAUUAUAUAGCUACAAAAUUUGAUGGUAUGUAAAAUUGUGUAUUUAUUUGGGAUAUGGAAUUAUUAACAUUAAAAGCAAUAAUGGUUUAAAUAUUACCAAUUAAAUUUUUUACAUGGUCAAAGAAUUCUACAACUUUAACAGUAUGUACAGGAAGUAGUAAGAUUUUCUUUUGGAAUCCUAAUUGUACAUCUGCUUGUGAUAUGCCAUUUGAUAAAAAUUUCCAUGUUGUUAAAAUAGAUUGGAGCAGUGAUCAAAAAAGUAUGUUACUUUUUGAUAAAUCUGAUGUUGUAGUUGCCUAUCCUGCUCUAGAUGAUAGUUUUUGA